CAAACUUCAAUAAAAUCAAUACACUCGAAACCCUAACAAGGCCACUGGUAAAAUAACAAUAAUAAUGCCAAUUAAAGCCGAAGGCACAGGCAGCAGUCUCAAAGUCUUGAGGAAAUGGCUAAACUACAGCAGCAGCACAGUAAUACAGCUGGGUGGGCUCCUCCUUCAGUGCAAAAACGAUGGCUCUUAACACUCUUAAUCAUGCUUUCCGUCUCAACUCUUAUUGCUUUCUUCAUAAAAUCUGCUUUCGAUUCCUGCGAUCCCCCCCACCCCCACAACUUCGAUGUUGCUGCUUCAAACAAACCGGCCAAAGUUUUUUCGAAUUCGAUUAAAACGGCGCCGAGUCCGCUUAGUUUCAUGAAGUCUAAGCUCGUUCUCUUGGUCUCUCACGAGCUCUCUCUUUCUGGUGGACCAUUGUUACUGAUGGAACUAGCAUUUCUAUUAAGAAGUGUUGGCACUGAAGUUUUUUGGAUUACUAUCCAGAAACCAUCAGAAACUGAUGAGGUUGUAUACAGUUUGGAGCAAAAGAUGUUGGUCCGAGGAGUGCAGGUUCUCUCUGCAAAGGGUCAAGAAGCUAUAGAUACAGCUUUUAAGGCUGAUCUGGUUGUCUUGAACACUGCGGUUGCUGGUAAAUGGCUGGAUGCUGUUCUCAAGGAGAAUGUUCCUCGUGUUCUCCCAAAGGUGUUGUGGUGGAUCCAUGAAAUGAGGGGGCAUUAUUUCAAAUUGGAUUAUGUCAAGCACCUUCCCUUGGUUGGUGGUGCUAUGAUUGAUUCACAUGUAACAGCAGAAUACUGGAAGAAUAGAACUCAAGAGCGUUUGAGGAUUAAAAUGCCUGAGACCUAUGUGGUUCACCUUGGAAAUAGUAAGGAACUUAUGGAGGUUGCCGAAGAUAGUGUGGCAAAAAGGGUUUUGCGUGAGCAUAUUCGGGAGUCUCUUGGAGUGCGGGAUGAAGAUAUACUCUUUGCCAUUAUUAACAGUGUUUCACGUGGAAAGGGCCAGGAUCUAUUUCUGCGUUCCUUUUAUGAGAGCUUACAAAUAAUCCAAGUGAAGAAACUAAAGGUGCCAUCAAUGCAUGCAGUAAUUGUGGGUAGUGACAUGAGUGCUCAGACUAAGUUUGAGACAGAAUUACGGAACUAUGUGAUGCAGAAAAAUAUUCAAGAUCGUGUUCACUUUAUAAAUAAAACUUUGACCGUAGCUCCUUAUCUAGCUGCAAUUGAUGUUCUUGUUCAGAAUUCACAGGCACGGGGUGAAUGCUUUGGGAGGAUAACUAUUGAAGCAAUGGCAUUUCAGCUGCCUGUACUGGGAACGGCAGCAGGAGGCACCACAGAGAUUGUCGUGAAUGGAACUACUGGAUUAUUGCAUUCAGUUGGAAAAGAAGGGGUCACUCCCCUUGCCAAGAAUAUCGUAAAACUUGCCACUCAUGUCGAGAGGAGGCUUACAAUGGGAAAGAGAGGAUAUGAAAGGGUCAGGGAGAUGUUUUUAGAACAUCACAUGGCACACAGAAUUGCUUCGGUGCUGAAAGAAGUUUUACGGAAGUCAAAGAGCCACCCUCAUUCUUAACACUUCGAAGAUCAGUCCUCCCCGCAGUUUGCUGGAGCAUGAUACGAGCUGCAUUUCUAGGCUGUUCCAUCAAAAUCUUUACAAAGAGACGGACUUCACUGAUGAUAGGAAAUUGUUAGUUUAUAGCCCAUAUCCAUAUCCAUAGCCAAUACCUUUUCUCUGGUUGGUGUUUUCCUUGCUACCUUUCAAAAGAGCUGUAUAUUAUGUACAUAAUCGGGUGAAUCAAGUCAGUGGCCCGUUUAUGCCAGCUGACUUCGUCAUUUGUCAACGCAUAUGACUUUAUCAUGUCAACGUUUAAGGUUUUUUCUC